AUGCAGCAGCAAGCGGACAUUUUUGACGGUCAGUACCGUGUCAUUAAACUUCUUGGAAGGGGGGCCUUUGGGGAUGCUUUUCUUGUGAAGGAGAUCGGAGAUGACUCUUUGCUUGUUCUCAAGUGCUCAAAAAUGGUGCAGAAUGACGGUCGCAUUCUUGACGAAGCAAACAAUAUGCUGUUGACUUCGAACGACCACGUUUUACGGUGCUACCGCUCAUGGAUUGAGCCGGCACAUAAACGAUGCUGCAUGCUGCUGGAGUAUUGCGAUGGAGGGGACCUGGAGGACUACCUUGGACUCGCCUUUCCCUUUUCGGAGUCGCAGCUAAUCUCAAUGUUUGCACAGUUGUUGAUGGGGCUUGAGCAUGUUCAUUUGAAGCACCUCAUUCAUCGGGACAUUAAGCUACAAAAUCUCAUGUUUCAGCGUUCCACGGGUAUGGUGAAGAUUGGUGAUUUUGGUCUAAGCAAGGCUCUGCAAUUUACGGAUGAAGUCUCCGUCACACGUUUGGGAACCCCACUGUAUUUCUCCCCAGAGGUCGUUUCUGGUUUGGAGUAUACCAGGAAAACGGAUGUGUGGAGCAUGGGUGUGGCAUUUUAUAGACUGAUGACCAAUGCGCUUCCAUUCCCAGCAACUAGUGUGGAGGAAAUCUAUGAAUAUCUUGUAAAGAAGCGAGCGGUGCAUCCAUGUCGACUGAGAGAAGGCUAUUACUCUGAGUGCCUGGGUGACAUGGUAAUGAAGAUGUUAACGAAGAGUCGCACCAAACGGCCCACAGCCAGGGAACUGCUUUCACUUCCCCUCUUUGCCCCAGUGCUGUGUUCAUGGCCAUGGCAUCCUCCUCGGCUUAAGGGGACAAGUUGCCUUUUUGUCUGUCGACCACAGUCCUGUGUCAACGUUCGUUCUCAACCAUCGUUGAGUUCUGAACGAAUUGGGGUAUUUGAAUACGGCGAUCAAAUCUUUGUGGACACUGAGCGUGUGAGUGCUGGGGGGACGACCUGGCAUCGCGUUCUCUAUCCACUGGAGGGGUAUUGUAUCACUGCCACAAAUGGGGGUCUACAUCUUUUUCAGCGCAUUGAUGAUCCUGCCAGGUGCUCUCCGAUUCCUCAAUGA